AUGACAAAAGCCAAGAAGGGAAAGGCAAAAACUUUGAGUCAACCUAACUCUGCUAAAACCGACGCAGGCGCAGAUGCUUCAACUUCACAUGCUUCGACUGAUUCCAAGAUGCCUCAAGGAGCGCCCCCGGCCGGACCCAACCCAUCAGGUUUUCAUCCAAUGAAUCCUGAACCACAAAAGAUGUCGCCUGAAACCACCAAUGAAGACUGGCUCAAAGUCCAAACUUUGAAUGACGAUCUCAAGAUCUUUCUAACACCUGGUAAUGAGAAGAACACUCCUGGUAUUACUAGCCUCAAGCUCUAUCGCAUACUGGUUCACUUCAACCCAAAAACCAAGCACCGACCAAAUACUCUCAAGGAAAUUCUAUGGAACGCCUUCAUAUCGGAUGUUUUUCCCCUCCUGAAGCCUCACAUGUUACCUUCUCCGCCUGCCCCGAUGGAAAGCGAGUUUUUGUAUAACGACUUCAAUCCCCUCAGCAAAAAGACCACUCGAAAGCAACUUACCGACACCAUUCAUUCAGUUGUCCCCAAAUUCGGUAUUCCUGGCAGUUCCACACGCGAUCGUAUCUUGAUUGUCUAUAAGGCCUUUGUCGACAAAGACCUUAAACUCCCUUGGCUGACUGAGUUUAUAAAGCCUCCAAACGUUGUUUCAAAAGCAAGAGUUGGUGACUUGAGUAUGGAAGAGCUUCGGAUGACUUUACAGGAACGAGCUCCACAUGUAUUCAUACAUUCAGGUCCAAUGAGCUUGGGCGUCCUCAUCAACCUCUACAUCAAAUUUGUUAUUGAAGACCCGGUGGCCGAAGACUUGCUUGUUCGAGGCUUUCAUUACUCUCUCUUGCGUAAGGAAGCCUGA